UGCUUUGUGCUAGUUCGGGUCCCAUUUUUGACCCAACCCUUGGAACAUUUAAUGGGCCCUACUUGUGAAAAUUGAAAUUAAAUUAUUAAUAUAACGUGUUAAGGGCGGUAUUAUGUCAACGUGUUGACAAAUUAAAACGAUUUAAAUGUGUUAUGGACAUUAUGUAACAUGAUUGGAAUAAGUGUCUGUCAGUUUGUUGCUAGCAAACACUAAAACGAUAACUCUUACCGUUAUAUCAAUAUUGGUCGUUUGACAGCCAUCCCAUUUUUGACCCAACCCUUGGAACAUUUAAUGGGCCCUACUUUGUGCACAUUGCAUGUAAAUGUUUAAUAUAACGCAUCAAGAGAAGUAUUAUGUCAACUUAUUGAUGAAUAAAAACUAUACAAAUGGUUUAAGAUGUUAUCAAAUGUUUUGAUUGAGAUAAAUAACUGUCUGCCCGGUUGUUGCUUUCAAAUACUUACGGUUAACGGUUACCGUUAUAUCACCAUUGUUUGUUUGGCAGCCGUUACUGCAAUGCGUACAAAUGCUGCACUGUCGUUGAAAAAGAGAAAAGUACCACAAACUAGUAAUGUUGUAUUAAAACGUCAAUGAUGUUUGUAUUUAAUUGAUGUUGGUUACAUUUAUAACGGGCCCGUCUCAGUGUAAACGAGAGUAAACGAGAGUACGUGUCCAUGGGCAGGUGAGUUUGGCAAUUUACCUGUCCGAAUACAUUUUUCACUUGUAGCUAUACUUUGUGCAUGCUGCACCUAUUUUAAAUAUUAUUAAAUAUCAACAUAAAGCAUACAACAAUCUGGGUUACUGUAACCAAGGUAACAUGUUAAAUUGAUUUGUUCAUAUUUGGCAAGAAACAUGCUAUACAAUAAUUAUACACUAGACUAGUAGUAGCCCUAGCACAGUGUCAGUGUCAAUAUGUAGACCCCCUUUCAAACCCCUCCUGUAUGUUUGUUUUUUUCUAAAAUGAUUUUACAUACCCCUUGUCAGGCCCAUCAGUACAUCAAUUGUAGAGUCCCCUUUCAAGCCCUUAAUCCACUAUUUUCUGACAUAAUUUAUUUCAAUUGUUUUCCUUAUUAAUUGAACACACCAUUUUACAACUGUGAGAGGAUGAUGUGUACAAACCUUCUUCGAAAAUAAAUAAACCUUUAGUUGACCUCUUGGGGCCACUGGAAUCUUCUUCUUCUGCAUCGUAUUUGACAUUUUCCCACGGUUUUACGACACCGCUAACGUAAGUGAGCGGUAAGAUUUUACUGCAUCACACAUGACAAAGAAGGAAACGUAAAGCGGUCGCAAACAACAAUGGCGGACACGGACAAUUUGCGAAUGAGUUCUGCCUUUUUUUUGGGAGGUGAUUAGUGAUGAACAUGGUAUUGACCCGACUGGUACAUACCACGGUGACAGUGACCUGCAGCUGGACAGGAUCAAUGUCUACUACAAUGAGGCUUCAGGUGGUAAAUAUGUGCCCCGUGCUGUGCUGGUUGAUCUUGAGCCAGGCACCAUGGACUCAGUAAGGUCUGGACCUUUUGGCCAGAUCUUCAGACCAGACAACUUUGUGUUUGGCCAGAGCGGGGCUGGCAACAACUGGGCGAAGGGUCACUACACAGAGGGUGCAGAGCUGGUGGACUCUGUCCUGGAUGUGGUGAGGAAGGAGGCAGAGAGCUGUGACUGCCUUCAGGGCUUCCAGCUCACACACUCCCUGGGUGGUGGUACAGGGUCUGGAAUGGGCACCCUGCUCAUCAGCAAGAUCCGUGAAGAGUACCCUGACCGCAUUAUGAACACCUUCAGCGUGGUGCCUUCCCCCAAAGUAUCAGAUACAGUUGUUGAGCCCUACAACGCCACACUAUCAGUCCAUCAGCUUGUAGAAAACACAGAUGAGACCUUCUGCAUUGACAAUGAAGCCCUGUAUGACAUCUGUUUCCGCACACUCAAGCUCACGACUCCCUCUUACGGUGAUCUGAACCACUUGGUCUCUGCAACCAUGAGCGGCGUCACCACAUGCCUCAGGUUCCCUGGACAGCUCAAUGCUGACCUGCGUAAGCUUGCUGUAAACAUGGUGCCAUUCCCCCGUCUGCACUUCUUCAUGCCAGGCUUCGCCCCCCUCACAAGCAGAGGCAGCCAGCAGUACCGCGCCCUCACUGUGCCCGAGCUCACCCAGCAAAUGUUUGAUGCCAAGAACAUGAUGGCUGCCUGCGACCCACGUCACGGCCGCUACCUCACCGUCGCUGCCAUCUUCCGCGGCCGCAUGUCAAUGAAGGAGGUUGACGAGCAGAUGCUGAACGUGCAGAACAAGAAUAGCAGCUACUUCGUUGAAUGGAUCCCCAACAACGUAAAGACCGCUGUCUGCGACAUUCCUCCCCGUGGCCUCAAGAUGUCUGCCACCUUCAUCGGCAACAGCACGGCCAUCCAGGAGCUGUUCAAGCGCAUCUCUGAGCAGUUCACAGCUAUGUUUAGGCGAAAGGCCUUCCUCCACUGGUACACCGGUGAGGGUAUGGAUGAAAUGGAGUUCACUGAGGCAGAGAGCAACAUGAAUGACUUGGUUUCAGAGUACCAGCAGUACCAGGAUGCCACUGCUGAGGAGGAGGGAGAGUUCGAGGAGGAGGGGGAGGAAGAUCUGGCCUAAUAUCAGUUUCCAAAAAUCUUUUAAAUUAAUGUAAGAGAAAAAUGUACGGUUGCAAUUUCUUUCAGCAUUAUUCAUGCUGUUAAUGUUGGCUAUAACUGUAAUGCUCUUUCACUGUUCUGCUGCUGUUAAUGUUGGCUUCAAAUGUAAUCUUCCAAAUCCUUUCAUUGUUCUGGCUGCUGUUCCGGGUAAUAAAGGUUAAACUGUA